AUGCUGUACCCUUUGGUUUGUCUCGGUAACCCCCUUUUGGAUUUGCAGGUCGACGUCGACGCUGAAUAUCUUGCUAAAUACGACCUUAAGGCUGACGAUGCCAUUCUCGCCGACGAGAAACACUUGCCCAUCUACAACGAGGCCUUGAACAACAAGUCCUUGAAGUUGGUCGCUGGAGGUGCUGCUCAAAACGCCGCCAGAGGCGCCCAGUACAUCUUGCCACCCAAGUCUGUGGUCUACUUCGGCUCUGUCGGUAAGGACGUCUACGCCAAGCAGUUGCACGAAGCCAACGAGCAGUACGGCUUGAGAACCGAGUACCAGGUCCAGGAGGACCACGCUACCGGUAAGUGUGCUGCUUUGAUCAGUGGUCACCACCGUUCGUUGGUCACCGACUUGGCUGCUGCCAACCACUUCAAGGCUGCUCACUUGCAGAAGCCAGAAAACUGGGCCUUGGUUGAACAGGCCAAGUACUUCUACAUUGGAGGCUUCCACUUGACCGUGUCGCCCGAGGCCAUUGAGUUGCUUGGUAAGCACGCUGCCGAGAACAACAAGUUCUUCAAGGACCCAUUGGACCGUUCUCUUCCUUACGUGGACUACGUGAUUGCCAACGAGUCCGAGGCUGCUGCCUACGCCGAGUCUCACGACCUUGCCGACAUCAAGGAUGACAUUGUGGCCAUUGCCAAGGCUGUCGCCAAGUUGCCCAAGGCCAACUCCAAGAGACUGAGAGUCGUCACUUUCACCCACGGCACUGAGCCCACCGUUACCGUCACCUACAACGCCGAGGCCGACUCCUUCGACGUCAAGGAGUACCCUGUCAGACCCUUGCAGGAGGGUUCUGUGGUGGACACCAACGGUGCUGGAGAUGCCUUUGCUGCUGGAUUCUUGGCCUCUUUGGUUGAGGAGAAGUCCUUGGAGGAGUCCGUCAAGGUUGGCCAGUGGGCUGCUUCCUUGUCCAUCCAGCAGGUGGGCCCAACUUUCCCAUUCCCUAAGCAGACUUACAGCGCUUAA